UCGCACCAAGUACCAAAAAGUUUGACAGAGUACUAGAAAAAGUUUAGCAGCAGAAUAGGGGAAGACUGAAGAGGGAAGAGGCCUGUUCUCAGCUCAGGCGAACCGGUCAAUUCCUCCGACUCCGACACCGCUACCCUUUGACUACUAAUUCAACCCUAUUUUUUGCCCGAAGACAACUUCUGUCUGAAACCUUAAACCCUUGUCUGGCUAACCCAAAACCCCACCUGAAGAAAUUAGUCAAAACCAAUAAAUAUGGAGGCAGAAGAAACGCCGCCCCAACAUACACACACAGCAGAAGGUGGGGCAGCUGUCAAAGCUCUUGGCCCUCUCUUCAAGCUCGCUGAAGUAUACCUUUGGGAUGAUGCCUCACAGGAGAACCGAGGCGGGAUUUCUUCCCAGCUAAAUCAAGCCACUGGCAGAGGCAAUGCGGGCUCAUCUUCAAACGAUGGUGUGACGACAAAUGAGUUGUUCCCUCUGCCUGAAGAUUUGGAACUUGCCAGACAGAUGAAGGACCUGGGACUACCGUUUUCAUUUCACACAAACAAGGAGAAGAGGACUAUAAUUGGAGGGAAAAGGAAGGAUCCAAAGAAGAAAAAUCUUGACAAUUGUAAAGCCACCAAUCUGAAACUCUUAAACUCGUUCAAAGUGAGUGGAGGAGUGAAUCCAUCUCCUACUAUUGAUGAUGAUACCAAAAACAUUUCCUUAUGUUCCAUCUCCAUUCUAGACCAAAGUGAACUGUCAUGCUCUGCUAUUGCAGUGAACACCGAUCGAUUUAAUCACAUAUCUGAUGGAGAACGAGAUUCAAUGGCUUUUGCGACUUCUAGUACUUAUGUUGUAAACCCAUCUGCUUUGAGUGAUGAAAUAUCUGAUGUUGGGGCAGAUAGUAGCCUCUCUUGUGAAUAUGGAAUUACAAAACAUUUAGCAAGAGAAGACAAGAAAGUGGAAGCCAGUCAUGGGUUAGAUGAUGAUGUGUGUUCAGGAAAUUCUUUGGUAAUUGGGAGUGAACCGGAAUUAAGGCAACCAAAUGAUGAGCAUGUAGAAUCAUCCUUGGUGCUUGAUGAUGCAGUUGGUGGUGAGACAUUGACCGGUGAUGCCAGUGCUCUGAUAAUGGAUGAUUCUGAAGUUGCUUCAUAUUCACCGUUCUCAGAGCUGGUUGACUCCAAUACAGCUGACAGUAAUUGCAAAGGUGCUUUUGGUGAUUGGAGAACAUAUUGGGACGAGGAUUUCAUGAGAUAUUACUUUUAUAAUAUCAUCACAGAAGAGUCUACAUGGGAUCCACCUGAUGGAGUGUCAAGUGAUAUAGCUGCUGAUCCAACAAAACUAAUUCGUAACACAGAAGUACUUCUGGCUGACAUUCCAAAUUCUGGAGAAUCUGAUAAGCUGGGUAUUUCUUAUGGUCAGUCAGCUAAUUAUGCCCAGACAGGUGGUUUGGAAAAUGAUAGUGGAUCAUUGGAUCAAGCACUUGAUGAGUCUGGCGAAAUUGGUAUUUACGAUGAAAGCCUCAGUAGCAACAUGACAAAGAAGAAAACGAAAAUCAGGAGAUUAAAAUCAAGUGGGGAAUCGCCCCUUGCGAGUGAAGAGCGCCAAUUCCAAGGAGUUUCUGAAGAAUUUGAUCCUGUUAUAGGUAAAUAUUGGUGUCAAAGAUAUCUGCUGUUUUCAAGAUUUGGUGCUGGAAUACAAAUGGAUGUAGAAGGAUGGUUCUCUGUCACCGCAGAGGCAAUAGCCAAACAUCAUGCAUUUCGUUGUGGAGAUGGGACCACAGUGGAUUGUUUCACUGGAGUUGGUGGAAAUGCAAUCCAAUUUGCACUAAGGAGUCAACAUGUUAUUGCAAUUGAUAUCGAUCCAAGAAAAAUUGAGUAUGCACAACAUAAUGCAGCAAUAUAUGGUGUUGAUGACCACAUAGACUUCAUAGUUGGGGACAGUAUUCUUUUGGCACCCAAAUUAAAGGGAGACUCGGCCUUUCUGUCACCACCAUGGGGCGGACCUGAUUAUGCCAAAGAAAAAACAUUUGACAUCCAGACAAUGCUUCAGCCUUGCAAUGGGCAUUCUCUCUUCAACCUAGCAAAAAAAGUAGCCCCAAGAAUUGUCAUGUUCCUUCCAAAAACUGUUGAUAUUGACCAAUUGGCAGAGUUAGCUCUGUCUGCCAGUCCUCCAUGGUCACUUGAGGUGGAGAAGAAUUUCUUGAAUAACAAGCUUAAGGCAAUUACUGCAUACUUCACCGAACCCUCAGGAUAGAAGCUGUAAAUCAAAUUUGGGAUUGGCAACCUAGCAAUACAUUCUUGUCUUUCUAACUGUAUGGCUGUAUCUCCCAUCUCCUUUUUCUCUCAUUUACCCUUGCUUUUACAGGCCUAUUGAAGGCGUAUCUCUCUUCUCUAUGUUUAUAUGGCAUGCUGCUUUUUUUUUU